ACUUCGAAUGUUCUCGGUUCCCGUGUGAUCACUGUUUUGUCAAUAUUCGAAUUUUCCCUGGUUUUUGAAUUUAUUCCAAUUUUUUCCAAAACUUCCGAAUUUAUCAAUUCUUGAAAAAUGAGUGGAGACGGUGAUAAAGCUGAACAGUUCGACUCUCUUUUCCUCACAAUAGCGCAACACCAUCCAGAAGGCGCCCUCAAGCUUCUCGACACGUUUGUAAGUUUUUUGGGCCGAAAAACCGACUUUUUCACAGGCGGCAAUGAAGGCGAUUGGGAAAAACUUGUUAUGAACACGUUCAAAAAACAUGAAAGAAUAAGCCGUUCCAGCCGUGAGGCCGAACUGAAAGCAAAAAAAGAAAAAGAGGCUGCGAGAAAAGCUAAAAAGGAGGCUAAAAAGCUUGAAGAGCAAUCUGUUCAGCCUGCAGAAAUUAAAGAACUGACGGAUGAAGAAGCGGAAAAGUUGCAAAAAGAACUUGACACUAAGCAAAGCGUUGAAAGUGUUGCAACUUCAAGCGCAGUUGGCACUUCUUCUGAAACAACGGAGGAGGUAACUGAAGAGGAAGAAGAUGAAUCAGAAAAGGGAAAAAUUAAACCUAAUAAAGGCAAUGGUUGCGAUUUGGGCAAGUACAAAUGGACGCAAACAUUACAGGAUAUUGAGUUGAGAAUUCCCUUGAACAAAAACUAUCAAGUCAAAGGAAAAGAUCUGGUAGUCAAUCUAACGAAAAAGCAUCUCGUUUGUGGAUUCAGAAACGAACCUCCUAUUAUCGAUGACGAUUUUCAGCAUGAAAUUAAGCUAGAAGAAUCUACAUGGGUGAUAGAAGACGGAAAAACUCUACUUUUUAAUUUGGAGAAGAUCAACAAAAUGAACUGGUGGGGCAAACUAGUCAUGUCGGAUCCCGAAAUUAGCACCAAGAAAAUUAAUCCCGAACCGUCGAAGCUCAGCGACCUUGAUGGCGAAACUAGGGGCCUUGUGGAGAAGAUGAUGUACGAUCAGAGACAGAAGGAGAUGGGUUUGCCUACUAGCGACGAACAGAAGAAGCAAGAUGCAAUCAAAAAAUUUAUGGAGCAACAUCCGGAAAUGGACUUUUCCAAAUGCAAGUUUAAUUAGUAAUAAUUACAAGAUGAAAUAUCAAUUAUAUGCUUAUGUUUUUUUUUUUUUUGUAAUGCCAAUUUUUCAAUAAAUACACUUUUGUUCAAUUUUAAACUCAGUUUCAAGUGCCUUUCAAAAUUUCAAAAACUAUAUAUGGAAACAAAAAAUUUCAUUACAACGUUUAUUAAAAAUAUUAUUUCACAUAUGUUUUUUGUUAACUUUUGAUUUAAACAAAAUAGAAAAAUAAAAACAUUUACAAUUACCUCUUAAAACAAUCAACAUUAACCUGCCUAUAAAUUAACAUUAAGCCUUUGUGUAAAAAUGAACAAUUAUUGAAAUAACAAGUACAAAUAUGGCAAAACCCAAUCCUAAUAUGUACAAUAAUUUAUUUGAAUCUGACCUUAGUGUGGGCAGAAAGUCUUCGCUAUCAUCAGUUUUGGCUUGAGUGGUGU